UUGGCUAAUUGUGUUUUCUUCACAGACUUAUAACUACCUAUCAUUUUAUCCAGAUCCACAGGUUUCGACACCAUUCUAAAAACCGUUACAAGACUGCCACUCUUGAUUCUCCUAGCUCUAUACGUUUCAUUUCGAGGUUUUGAGCUCUUUUUUUGUUGGAUAGCUCGGGCUCACAAUGAGUUGGACUUGGUACUCAUGGUGGACAGGCUCUCUUGGUUCUAGAGCAGGGAAAGUCCAGCAAAAUGUUGAAGACUCGGCAAUAAAAUUCGAUAAGCAAAGAGUAGCCCUGAUCAUAGGAGCCACUGGAAUUGUGGGCAACAGCUUGACUGAAAUCUUGCCUUUGUCUGACACUCCUGGUGGACCCUGGAAAGUUUAUGGUGUUGCCAGGAGGACUAAGCCUGAUUGGUCUCCAGACACUCCAGUUGAAUACAUCCAAUGUGAUGUGUUAAACAGAGGAGAAACUUUAGAAAAGAUUUCUGCUUUGAAGGAUGUAACUCAUCUAUUUUGGGUUUGUUGGGUUAAUAGAGGGACAGAGGUUCAGAACUGUGAAGACAAUGGAAGAAUGUUCAAUAAUGUCUUAGAUGCACUAUUGCCUAAUGCCCAAAAUCUUGAGCACAUCUGUCUUCAGACUGGUUUGAAACAAUACGUAGGUCUUUCGGAAAAUAUUCAGCCCCAUGAGCCACCCUUUCAUGAAGAGCUUCCAAGGCUACCUGGGCCUAAUUUCUAUUACACGCUUGAAGAUAUACUAUUUGAUGCUGCCAAGAAGAAAAAGGGUUUAACUUGGUCCAUUCACCGCCCUUCAGUCAUAUUUGGCUUCUCUCCUUAUAGCUUGGGGAACAUCAUUUGUACUGUGUGUGUGUAUGCUUCCAUUUGCAAAUAUGAGGGGCUUUCUUUUAAAUACCCGGGCAAUGGGAUCACUUGGGAGCAACUUGUGGAGGUAUCUGAUGCUGAACUGAUUGCAGAGCAAGAAAUAUGGGCUGCUGUGGAACCUUGCGCCAAGAACCAAGCCUUCAAUUGUUCUAAUGGUGAUGUUGUUAAAUGGAAAAAGCUAUGGAAACUUAUUGCUGAGAAAUUUGAGCUGGAAAUGUUACCAUAUGAAGGUGAAGGAUUUAGUCUGGCUGAAGCAAUGAAAGACAAAGGACCUGUCUGGGAGGCAAUUGUGAAAGAAAAUAAUUUACGCCCCACCAAAAUUGAUGAAGUUGCGAAUUGGUGGAUUGUAGACUCUGGGCUAAAUAGUUCAUUUCUUUAUUCCGUUAGCAUGAACAAAAGUAAGGAGCAUGGUUUCUUUGGGUUUCGUAAUACAGAAUCUUCUUUCCUAUCAUGGAUUGAAAAAUUGAAGUUAUCUAAGAUUGGGAGGAUUGGUGGUGAUGAUAAAGAGAACACAUACGUGAAUGCGGGUUCAAAGAAGGAACAAGGGAAGGCGGUUGGGGAUGAAGCAAAGAGCGAGAAGAAAGAGGUUGCGGACGAGGACGAGAAUGUGCAGAAAGAAUAUGUUGAAAUCUCCGAGAGUAGGAAUGAAGCUCAACAAACCACGGAGGAAGAUAACCCUAGUUCUAAUUUGAUUAAGGAAACCAAUACAAGGAAUAAGGAUGCUGAGUUGGAUACAAGUGAGGCUGAUGAUGAAAAAGAGAUGCAGGAUUGGCCGAAAAAAGAAAUCAUUAAGGGAGACUUGAAGCAUCUAGAAGAUGUGAUCAGAACCAUCAAAGAUAAGGGAGAAGUUGAUAAUGAAAUUAUUAUCAACCAGAUUACUAAAACUGAGAAAGCCCUUAAGAAAUUUAUGAAUCAUAGCUUGAAGGUUUUGAAGGUUUCGUCUCAAAAUAUGAACGCCCUAGUUGAUUGUCUGGAUAGGAAUCAGCAGAACAAAGAGGUGGUGAGCAUUGAUAUGCUGACCACCAGCCCUGCUCCUCAAUCUUCCGGACGAAGAAUGAGGCAGACUACUGGCGAGCUGGAGAUGAAGACUAAAGACGUCCAUCAGAAGCAGGAUAACAAAGACCUGAGAGAAGUUGCUAAGGCUAUGAUGAUUAUUCAGGCUUUGUUGAAGGCUUGGACCUGGGCUACAACAUGGGUGGCAAUCUCAACCGAAAUGAGGCCUCUAGCUGCGACAAUUGGAAAAGCGAACGAAAAGUCUAGCGGACGCUGCACAGACAUGGUUUCACAGACUACAUGGAAAAACUGCAUGAAAAAAGUUAGGGUUAUUAAGGAAGAUCCUCUAGUGGCAAAUGCCCACAUUUCAGAAAGUUAUGAAGCUUCUGAGUCUAACGAUGAUUUGUCUAAAACUCCUCCUCAUAAGAAAGGGAGGAUUGGUGGUGAUGACAAAGAGAACACAUACGUGAAUGCAGGUUCAGAGAAGGAACAGGGGAAGGCGGUUGAGGAUGAAGCGGAGAGUGAGAAGAAAGAGGUCGCGGACGAGGAGGAGAAUGGUAUGGAAAUGGUGGACUCCAUUUUGAACACUGGCAGAAAUAGUACUUUGGAAUUUUUCAAUUUCCAGAAAUGGGUAAUUAAAAAUAUUUCCAGUAUUCAGAAUAAGCAGUGUGAUUUGGAUUAUAAUCUUCAGAAUUUGAUUAAGGAAACCAAUACAGGGAAUAAGGAUGUUGAGUUGGAUACAAAGAAAGAAACAGUUAUUUUCUUUCCUGUAAUGAAUCUUGCUCUAGGGCUCACAAUGAGUUGGACUUGGUACUCAUGGUGGACAGGCUCUCUUGGUUCUAGAGCAGGGAGAGUCCAGCAAAAUGUUGAAGACUCGGCAAUAAAAUUCGAUAAGCAAAGAGUAGCCCUGAUCAUAGGAGCCACUGGAAUUGUGGGCAACAGCUUGACUGAAAUCUUGCCUUUGUCUGACACUCCUGGUGGACCCUGGAAAGUUUAUGGUGUUGCCAGGAGGACUAAGCCUGAUUGGUCUCCAGAGACUCCAGUUGAAUACAUCCAAUGUGAUGUGUUAAACAGAGGAGAAACUUUAGAAAAGAUUACUGCUUUGAAGGAUGUAACUCAUCUAUUUUGGGUUUGUUGGGUUAAUAGAGAGACAGAGGUUCAGAACUGUGAAGACAAUGGAAGAAUGUUCAAUAAUGUCUUAGAUGCACUAUUGCCUAAUGCCCAAAAUCUUGAGCACGUCUGCCUUCAGACUGGUUGGAAACAAUACCUAGGUCCAUUUGAAAAUAUUCAGCCCCAUGAGCCACCCUUUCAUGAAAAGCUUCCAAGGAUACCUGGACCUAAUUUCUAUUACACACUUGAAGAUAUACUAUUUGAUGCUGCCAAGAAGAAAAAGGGUUUAACUUGGUCCAUUCACCGCACUUCAUUCAUAUUUGGCUUCUCUCCUUAUAGCUUGGUGAACAUCAUUUGUACUCUGUGUGUGUAUGCUUCCAUUUGCAAAUAUGAGGGGCUUUCUUUUAAAUACCCGGGCAAUGGGAUCACUUGGGAGCAACUUGUGGAGGUAUCUGAUGCUGAACUGAUUGCAGAGCAAGAAAUAUGGGCUGCUGUGGAACCUUGCGCCAAGAACCAAGCCUUCAAUUGUUCUAAUGGUGAUGUUGUUAAAUGGAAAAAGCUAUGGAAACUUAUUGCUGAGAAAUUUGAGCUGGAAAUGUUACCAUAUGAAGGUGAAGGAUUUAGUCUGGCUGAAGCAAUGAAAGACAAAGGACCUGUCUGGGAGGCAAUUGUGAAAGAAAAUAAUUUACGCUCCACCAAAAUUGAUGAAGUUGCGAAUUGGUGGACUGUAGACUUUGGGCUAAAUUGUCCAUUUCUGAAUCCCGUUAGCAUGAACAAAAGUAAGGAGCAUGGUUUCUUUGGGUUUCGUAAUACAGAAUCUUCUUUCCUAUCAUGGAUUGAAAAAUUGAAGUUAUCUAAGAUUGUUCCAUAGCUAAAAUCAGCAUGCAUGAAACCCAUUACCAGUCAGUAGGAAGAGUGACAAGCCUGGAGUGAAGUAUGUUUUAUAUCUAGUUGUAUUGUUCCUGUUGCACCAUAAGUAAAAUGCUUCCAAAUAUGUUGUUUUAUAUCUAGUUGUAUUGUUCCUGUUGCACCAUAAGUAAAAUGCUUCCAAAUAUGUUGUAUA